CCCAUGUCCGCGAGUAGGUACCUGAUCUCUCAAUUCCAGACGAGCGACAUCACCACCACUUCCCAUUGACCAGAGUCUGGGAACGAGACAUGCCCUCCAGUAUGCUUCGUCUGCUUAGUAUCUUCCAUCGGACGGCCACAUCGUCUCAUUACGAAGCAAGAACAAGCCUAAUAUAUCUCCCCUGUUGGUCGGAACUUCACUCAGUCGGAUACUGGCGGUUCAAACUCAAGCUCAUCCAUUUUACUUCCCUCAUCGUGCCACAAAGGAAUAAAAAGCCCAUUUCCUUCACCGUUUUCGUCAGGAUUUCAUUUCGUCACAUCAUCAAAAGGUAGAAU